CUAGGUUCGACUCAGUCAGCCAGCCAGUGGCCGAUAAAUAGGAGUGGUCAACAGCAAACAACGGGAAACAGAAACCAACCACAACCAACACACACACACACACCAACGAACGAACGAACCAAGAAACCAACCAACAAACUAACCAACCAAGAUCAAAGAUGUGGAGACCUGGCAAGUGGGUAUACAUCGAUGACGACCCAAACGAAUCUAACUCACCCGAAAACAAUAACAACCGCGACAACUCGAACGAGCCAGUCGACCCACCAUCACCGCCCUGGAAACUAGGCCAGGUACCAGUAGAGACGGCGAUCUUCAAGGAUGGAAGAAGGAUGAGUAGAAGAUUCAAUCACAUCAACAAUAGUACGACUCCACCACCACCCCAAUCCGUACCCAAGAAAGCUCGUCGAAAGAGUACUAGUCACGUCAACAGCAACAACCAUAGCACCACCAAGCAAUCCUCAGACACUAGCAAGAACCCAAAAUAUCGACGAAAAUCUCACGCCCCCACAAAGGCAUCAACAGACACCAUCAAGAAUGAUGAUUCAGCUCAACCGGAUGAUCACCAACCUCAAGCAUCUGAUCCAACCCCUCAAGCUCUAAUUCACCGUGAACCUCUGAAUCAAGAGCCCAACCAGAGCUCCACCGCACCAGUCUCUCCAAACACCACCAGCCCACAGAACCCGUCAUCUGAUCAAGAACCAGGCCUGACACUCCAGGCUCACCUUCCUGAUCUCAAAGAUCCAUCAAAAUCAAGAAGCAGUCUCACAACAACCGAAGACCUUCCUCAAUCCAUCCCCGAUUUCAACUCGGUCACCGAAGCUCACUCUGCUGGGCCACCUACUCCACCCGCAAUCGAAUUCUCAAGCGCUUCAGUCUCCGAUCGCCGCGCCUCUGCCCCACCCUCUGCCGAUCUACUACUCCCACCCCCCAUGAAAAAAUUCAAACCAUGGGAAGCACUCAAAAGCUUCCAAACCGAUGGGUCCGAUGUCGUCCCGCCAAGAUCGGAAGCGCGCUCAGAAGCACCGAAAGCGGGUGGCUCAACCUCCACAACGGAAGAAGGCAAAAGCAGGAGCGAGAAAAGCAAAGGGAAGAAGCGUGAAGGAACCGGUUCUGGGGCCGAAAGUGCGGGCCUCAAACGAGGCCGCGAUGUUUUCUCGUCCUCGGACCUUACCGAGCUCUCCUCUUCGCUAACCGAUCUUUCCGAGGAAGAGUUCUCAGAACAGCAACGUUCGAGUGCUUCGUCGGUGAUCUACUCUGAGGUUGAAAUCGAGGACGACUGUUUACCGGACGUCCUAGUGCGCAAGGUCCGUCGACCCUCUCGGCCCGGCCCGUCGAGCUCCCCCCAAAAGUCCAUGGCCGAAUUCAUCAAGUGGCAGAAACGUAAAGCCGCCGUCCGUCAGCUUCGUGAGCGAAAGGCCGCCCUCAAAUCUAUGAAUCCCGGCCCUAACGGCGACCCUAAUCUUGAUGCUGAAAAUUGGGAACCACCUGCCUACAUCAAGAUCAAAUCUAACGUCUAUCCCUUUCGCAAACCGGAGAUCAGCGAUUUUCCUCCGGCUAUUUGUAACUGUACUGAUGGUGGAUGUGGGGAAAAAUGUUUGAACAGAGCGAUGUUCUAUCUGUGUGAUCCGAAACUUUGUCAACUCGGCCAAGCGUGCAAGAACUUGCCAUUCAACCAACGCAAAGAUGCGAUCGACGAGUCGUCGCCCAGGCUCGGCAAGGGCCUCAAAGUCUUUUACACCGGGCCGAUCAAGGGAUGGGGCCUUAAGACCGAAAUCAAGCUCAAGAAAGACCGGUUCCUCAUCGACUAUCGCGGCGAAAUCAUCUCCAGAGACGCCUGUUAUAAACGCGUACUCAAUGAGUACAGCGGAUGUAAACAUUUUUACUUGAUGGAUUAUGAUGGCUCGGAUGUGAUCGAUGCAGGUCUGAAAGGAAAUUGCGCACGGUUCAUCAACCAUUCUUGUACGCCUAACUUGCGCGUAGAGAGGUUCAAGUUGUCGGGCUUGGAGGAGUACCAGUUCGGGAUAUUCACCUUACGAGACAUCGAGAUCGGUGAAGAGUUAUCGUACGACUACGGCUGGAGAAACUUCAGUGACAUUGCACCCACCUCCAACAUCCGCACCUCCAUCCGUUCCACUCAAGAUGACCUGGACGGAUCCUCUCCGGAGAGGAAAGAAGGAGAGGGAGACGCUCGUCGGUCCACCCUCCGUCGAACCACGACCAUCCAGAGUCCCCUCGUCUCCGCCACCGCUCCUACCGUCCAACGUUGCUACUGUGGAACUAAAGGGUGCAAAGGAUUCUUGGGCGCUAAGAAACUUCCUAACCUCUCCACCUCUACUCUCGCUUCUUCUUCCAAUGCUGCUGCCACUUCUACAGUACCGGCGCCGGCGCCUAAAGUCCCUCCCGUCGCGUCUUCUUCUUCUUCUACCUCUCUCAAAAGAAAGAAAAAAUCUUCUUAACCUUCGGGGCUUCCUUUGACUUCGUUACUGAUAUAAACCCACUUUUGAUAAAAAAAAAUCUUUAGCUUUUGCUUUUUUGUUAUUCACAUUUGAGAUCGUUCCACUCCUUUCU